AUGGUCGGCAAAGUCAGCGAGCGCGUCCUCCUGCGGGAAGGGCUCGAGCGAACCGACAAUGGCAUGAAGCUCACCAACUGGCCCGAUGUGUCUGCCAUCAACCAGAAGAACUACUACACCGACUACAUGAAGCGCGAUGACCAGGUUCUCGCCCUCAGACUCCAGGCCGAAGCUGCCCGCGACCGCCUGGUGCAGAACGCCAAGGAUCGCGACCGCGCCCUGGCACGGAACGGCCACGCCGAGGUGCCCAUUGCCCUGCCCGAGGCCGACGCCGAGCAAGACGAAGGCGCUGCCACGGCCCCCGAUGGAUCUGCCGACGGCCUGCUCGACCCGAACAAGAUCAUCGUCAUCCACCCCGGCAGUCAGAACCUGAGGAUAGGCUUUGCCGGCGAUGCCCUGCCCAGGACCAUCCCCACCACCCUGGCCACCAGGUUCCCCCAGACCGAGUCCGAGAUGUACGAGGCCCUGCCGCGCCGCAAGUUCGAGGGCAAGAACCAAGACGAGAUCCACGGCGACGAGUGGGCCAAGAGAUACCAGAAGCAGUGCGGCGACCUCAAGACCGACAUGCGCGCCAACAAGCGCAAGGUCCUCCCCAACUCCAAGGAGCUGGUCGUCAACUACAACCGGAGGACGGAGCCCGAGAAGAUACCAACCCACAACGACCCCCUGCAGAUUGAGUGGACCGACCUCAACACGCUCGAGGACCCCGACUCGCCCGCCUCGGCCUUCCUUGGCCAGGCUGCCCUCAGGGUCCCGGACGACUCGAAUCCCAAGUUCAAGCUGUGGUGGCCCAUCCAGCACGGCUGGCUGAACGAGGACGAGUACUCCACCCAGGAGCAUCUAUACGAUGACCUCGAAACCCUUCUCGACAAGGCCAUCAGAGAGGAGCUGGGUUUGACCAAGAACAGCGUGUGGAAGAACUACAGCUGUGUUUUCGUCAUCCCGGAUCUCUACGACAAGCGUUACGUCGAGGCCGUGCUCAAAUCAUGUAUGACCUGGUUCGAGUUCAGCCGGAUAUGCUUCAUCCAGGAGAGCAUGGCUGCCAGCUUCGGCGCCGGCUAUACGCAGGCCUGUGUGGUUGAUAUUGGCGCCCAGAAGACAUCUAUCGCCUGCGUGGAGGACGGGCUCAUGCUCGAGGACUCGCGCAUCAACAUGAAGUACGGCGGCUUCGACGUGACCGAGACGUUCAUCAAGAUGAUGCUAUACGACAAUUUCCCCUACCAGGAGAUUAACCUGCGGAGGCGUUAUGACUUCCUCCUCGCCGAGGAACUCAAGAUCAAGCACUGCACCAUGUCCCAGGCCGACAUAUCCGUGCAGCUCUACCAGUUCCACCUCCGCGCCCCUAAUCAACCAACCCACAAGUACCAGUUCAAGACCUACGAUGAAGUCAUAUUGGCACCCAUGGGCUUCUAUGAUCCCACCAUCUUUGAUAACAGUACAAAGCUCCGCGGCCGCCGGAAACUGAUCGACCGUUCGUAUAAUGCCUACGACGUUGAGGUGCCAGACGACCCGCAAUCGGCGGCUCAGUUCGCCAUUCUCGCCCUGGUGCAGCCGUCUGUGGCCUCAUCAGGAGCAGCCACGAACGGCUUCCAACCCUCGGCUUCAGACCCCAACCUCGCCACUCCCAGCAAGGAGAAGACUCAGCCUUUCAACUUCCUCUCGCGGAACGAGGGCACCCCCAUGGGCUCGAAGGCCGCCUCGCCCGCCCCAGAAGGCGCUUCAACCCCCGUACCACCGCCUUUCCUGUUUGGCACCAACGGGACCGUCACUGGCGCCGGCUCUCCAGCACCGCCCGGCGCGUCGCCCGCGCCGCCACCGCCGGGCAUGUUUGUCGACCCGCAAGCGCGGACAGCCAAGCAGAUCGCGGCGGAGCGGGACUCGGUCCUGCCCGUGGCGCCGCUGGACAUCGCCAUCCUGACGUCGAUCCAGAACGCGGCGCGGGGCGACGAGAAGAAGCUGCGCGAGUUCCUCGGCAGCAUCAUGGUCAUCGGCGGCGGCGCCAAGACCCCGGGCUUCACCCAGGUGCUCGAGGAGCGCCUGCGCGCCAAGCGGCCCGACCUCUUCGACCGCAUCCUCGUGUCGCGCAGCGCCCGCGACAUGGACGAGCAGGUCGUCACCUGGAAGGGCGCCAGCGUCUUCGCCAAGCUGCCCACCAACGACAGCUGGAUCACCCCCUUCGAGUUCGAGCGCCUCGGCUGCAGGGUCCUGCACCACAAGGUCCUGUGGGCCUGGUAG